AAAAGGUGUUACCAAUGAGUAUUCUCAUACAAUAUAUACUCAAUAAACUUCUAGUAAUCCAAAAGAGCCAAGACCUUUUGAUCCAUCUCCUGUGAGACCUAAAUCUCGUCAUUUGAUUGAGAAUUUAGGUAAGAAUCACACUAAUUCAAAGGAUAUGUAAAAAAUGGAAAUGAGUAAUUUUCUGAAUAAUAGCAAUAAUAAAUGAGUAGAGAAUCUUAAAUUGAAUUAAAGAGAUUAGGAAGAUCCAAAGCAUUUUAGAAAACAGUUGAAAUGUGUUCAUGUAAAUCAUAAAAUGUAUUACAAAACAGUCAAGAUGAAGAAGUAUUAAUGAAUGAAUCUAUGCAUAAAAUAUAAUAAUCAAAUUAAAAAGUAGCAAGAAAAAGUUCAAUUUAAUUAUAUUUGGAAAAGAUAUUCAGAAAUGUAGAAUGUGUAAAUAAAAAAGAAAAUAAUAUUAAACCUUUGAGCAUAUUUAAUGAAGAAAUAAAUAAAUCAAAAAGUAAAUAUCAUUUCAGAUCUAAUUCUUAAUUGUAUUUAACUAAUUAUUAAUCUUAAUUGGUACCAUAUUAUGAACAAAUUAGAACUACAACUAACAGUUCUUAUUAUAAUAAUAAAAAGUAUAGUAUUAAACCAUUAGGUAUGAUUAAAAAUAAAAAUAAAGUUAUUAAAAUAAAAAAGUGA